CCUCGCCCUCCCCCCCUCCCACCGAGACGGCGGCGCCAUGGCGAUGUUCCUGGGGCUCGCCGGCGCGGCGUACAGCGCGUACGGCUCCGAGUGGGUGAGCGACUACGCCACCGUGGGCGGCGCGCUCAAGUCGAACUUCAGCGCGCUCGGACCGUUCAGCGCGGGCGACGUCACCGUCGGCCUCGUGUACCUGUGGGAUCACGAGAAGAGCAAGCGCAGGGAGUCCGACCCCGCGACGUGCUCGAAGCCGCAGCCCGGGGACCUCGGCCCCGGGCCGUCGCCGGACGUCCUCGACGACUUCCGCGUCUUGUGCGCGAUGUCGCAGGUGGCGUACUGGGAGGACAAGGACGCGGUGGCGAAAUUCAUGAAGCGUCACGGACACGAGGUGAUCCAUCACGACAACAAGACGGCGUUUCAAGAGCCCGCGUACAUCGUGAGCGACUGCCGGGAGAAGAAAGAGGUGAUGUUCAUCAUCCGCGGGACCUCCGGCGCCGCGGACGCGCUGACGGACGGCGACUGCGCGCCCGUGCCGCUGGACAGCGCGCUUCCGGAGUUCCAGGGCGCGACGGCGCAUCGCGGGAUGAAAAAAGCCGCGGACUGGCUCCUCAAGGAGUGCCUCGUCAAGCUGAAGCGAGCGAUGGACGGCAUAGGCUCCGGCGCGCGACUCACGGUGACCGGGCACUCGCUCGGCGCGGGCAGCGCCGCGAUCGUGUCCAUCCUCCUCAGAGAGCACUUCCCGAAGAUGCGCUGCGUCGCGUUCGCGACGCCCGCGUGCCUGGAUCUGUCGGCGUGCGUCGCCGCCGGCGCCGACGUCAAAAAUCCUUUCAUGACGUCCGUCGUCCUUCACGACGACGUCGUCCCGCGCGCGUCGCGGCAGAACGUGGACGACCUGAGAGUGCGCAUACAGAGCAUCGACUGGUAUUCGCAGGCGACGGACGACUUCAACGCCUCCAAGGCUGGCAAGGCGGCGGCGUAUACCAAGGUGGGCGUCGGCGCCGUCGUCGGAAAGGCGUCCUCAGUGGCGGGCUACCUCGGCGAGAAGUUCGCGGCCGCGACGAAGGAGGGCACGAGGGGGGGAAGCGCGAAGGCGACCGCGGGGAGCGCCGCGAGCGCGGCGAAGAGCGGCGCGGUCGCGGGCGCGAAGGCGACGACGUCGUUGGCGAAGUCGUUCGGCGCGAAGCUCGGCUUUGGAAAGAAAAAGUCCGCCGAUGGGGAUACGAGGGCGGCGGGCGACGAGGCGCCCGCGGGCGCCGCGGACGGCGAGCGGAUGUUCAUCGCCGGCGACGCGUCGAAAGACGACGCGCCCGCUCCGACGUUCUACGUCCCCGGCGUGGUCUACCACCUCCGAAGAGGGCCGACGUGCGCGGGAGGGAGCGUCGCGAGGGUCAAGCCGGACUGCGCGUCUCUGUGCGCGAUUCAACUCUCCGGGUCGUUCAUCAACGACCACUCGCUGAACGAGUACGUCGAAGCGCUGGACGCGCUCGCGAUACGGAAGUCUCCGGGGAAGCCGAAGGAGGAGAUACGGGGCAAGCUCGAGUGGCAAGAGGCCGGGGAGACGAAGUACAAGGUCGGGAUGACGAACUGGAAAGAGCACGAGACGUUUGUCCUCGCGCACGAAUUUUGUCUGAAGAAGAAAAACGAGGACGGAGAGCUGAUGCCGAAGAAGGUCGACCUGUAUCGCGGCGGGUACGUCCUCGAGAACGAGGGCGACGCCGGGCACGACUUCAAAGGGAAAGGCCCGCACGGGAUCAAGAUCGUGGACCCGACGAAGAAGAAGGACCCGAUUCGGUUGUACGUCCCGAGCGGCGAGAAGGAUUUGAAAAAGUGGAUCAAGACGAUUCGAAGGUGCAUCGAAGGCGACGUCGAGGAUCCGAAGUGCGCGCCGGAGCCGCUGUACAAGUGA